UGUGUGUGUGUGUGUGUGAGAGAGAGAGAGAGAGAGAGAGAGAGAGAGAGAGAGAGAGAGGGAGGCUGUCUUUGGGAUACAGCAGAGGAGAGUGAGAGAGAGCGGGAUGCUGACAGACUGCUGAUAGAUGGUUAAAAUGGCGAGAGCUUGUUCGACCCCACCGAGCCACCGAACCGUGGCACCGUAGGUCGGAACAUGUAGUAGCCUUGACCGGGAGCUGGACACCUUGCAUGUGUGUGUGUUUCCUUUUUCUUCCUUCUUUCCUUUUUUUCUUUUCUUUUCUUUUUUUUUUGGUGGCUGAAUUUUUGAACCCCUGCGUCUGCACGCCUCACGUUGUUUAGUCCAAGUGCCGGAAUAUUUCCUCCCAAGUGUAUUUUUUUAAAUGGCAUCCACAAGGCGCCGCCGCCUCGUUCCGUGCUUUUUGGGAAUACUCCUCAAUGCUUUAAUCGGUGUGAUGUGUGAAGCGGAGCUCUCCUUCACACUGGAGCCCAGUGACAUCAUCGCUGUACAGGAGCAGCCUCUCAUGCUCCACUGCCAGGUGAACGGCCUCCCCCCAAUUACAAUACAGUGGAGGCACAACGGCCUGCUGUUAACUCAGGACCAGCAUCACACCACCUUCAUCAAUGGCUCGCUCCUGAUCAGUCACUUCCAGAAGACCAAAUCUGACAGCUCAUCUGAUGAGGGCGACUACGAGUGCGUGGCCCAGAAUUCUUUCGGGCUGGUGGUGAGCCGCAAGGCCCGAAUUCAGGCAGCCACCAUGGCAGACUUCCAUGUCCAGCCAGAGUCGGUGCAUGCUGAGGAGUCCGGCGUGGCGAGAUUCCAGUGCCAGAUCCAUGGCCUGCCAGAGCCUGUCAUCAGCUGGGAGAAAGACAGACGCCCAGUGGACACCAAGGAUGAGAGGUACACUCUUCUGCCGACAGGGGUUCUGCAGAUUACAGGCGUGCGUGAAGAAGACAGUGGGAGGUUCUGCUGUGUGGCACACAACAGUGCAGGAGUGAAACACAGCUCGGAGGCACUUCUCACUGUUUCAGGCUCCCAGUCAUCCGUUUACAAGGAGCCUAUGAUCCUGGUCGGUCCAGAAAACCUCACCCUCACUGUUCACCAAACGGCCAUCUUGGAGUGCGUUGCUACGGGGUACCCUCGGCCCAUUGUGUCUUGGAGCAGAUUAGAUGGCCGUCCCAUCGGUGUGGAGGGAAUCCAGGUACUCGGUACAGGAAACCUGAUGAUCUCAGACGUUGGUGUGCAGCACUCGGGGGUCUACGUGUGUGCUGCUAACAAACCAGGGACACGUGUUCGCAGAACUGCUCAGGGACGUCUUGUGGUCCAGGCUCCAGCCGAGUUUGUUCAGGCUCCACAGUCCAUCGCUCGGCCUGUCGGCACCACCGCCAUCUUCACCUGCCAAGCUCAGGGUGAGCCUGAGCCCCAGCUCACCUGGCUGAAGAAUGGGCAGAUUUUGGAGCCUGGGGGACACGUCAAACUCAGGAACAACAACAGCACUCUGACGAUAUAUGGCAUCAGCCAGCUUGACGAGGCGAUCUACCAGUGUAUCGCUGAGAACCUCGCCGGCUCCACACAGGCCAGUGCUCGCCUCACUGUGCUCUGGGCCGAUGGACUUCCCGGUGUGCCCACACACGUGCGGGCCGAGGCCCUCUCACCCACCACCAUCCAGGUGUCCUGGAGGGAGCCCGAUCAGAACACUCAGGACAUCAUCGGUUAUGUGCUCCACAUCCGCCGGACCUCAGACCCCGUGGAAAUGGAGUAUGAGGAGGCCGUCAGCAAGGUUACGCUGCAGCAGAUUAUCCGGGACCUGGAGCCUUCCACCAGUUACACCUUCUACGUCAAGGCCUACACAUCCCACGGGGCCAGCAAACCAUCAGACAGUGCCACAGAGAGCACUCAUGGGGAGGUGCCCGCGCCUCCAUCCCUCUCCACCAAGGUGGUGAACAGCAACGUUAUACAAGCAAUGUGGGAACCUUCCACCAAGAUGGGCCAACACCAAGGCUUCAGGCUGUAUUACAGACGAGCCCACACACCACUGUUCACUGGUCCCUUCACCUUCCCUCGCAAUGUCACCCAGUACAACAUCACUCAGCUGGAUCCUACACUGGUCUAUGAGAUAAAGCUGCUUGCUUACAACCAACACGGAGACGGCAAUUCCACUGUGCGAUUCGUUUCUCUCCGGGAGGCGGUGGAGAAAUCUGUGUUGGACGCCCCAUGCGACUGCGUGAAAGAUGAACAGAGCAAAACAUCCACUACAGGCAUCAUAAUCGGCAUUCACAUCGGAGUCACCUGCAUCAUCUUCUGUGUGCUCUUCCUCAUUUUCAGCUACCGCGGCAGAUUAAUGAUGUGUAAGACAGUUCAGGCCACCCCCCAGGCAGGACACAGCGUGGUGCUGGAGUCCUCUUCCUCUUCACAGGGGACCUCUGGGCUGAACGGGGCUGCCAGGAGAGAGAUGGAGGUCAACGGCAGCAUAGCGGGGAAGAAAGCGGCCGACAGCAACGAGCUAGAGAGACUUUUCACUCAACCCAAUACACAAGAUACACGCAUGUCUGACUCAUACAUGCUGAACGACACCCAGCUGUCUACGAUACCGCUGGAUGAGUUCGCAGUUGAGCGAGAGACACAGUUCCAGGAGCCUCCUGCAGCAGGAUCAGGUCGGCAGGACCAAGGCUAACCAUGUAUGAAGGCCAAUUCACACGACGCUGCCCACAGUGUCCACUUAGACUCUCACUCAGGUUGACCAGUGUUUCCUUUCAAAGUAGUUUAUCCUUUGGUGCAAAGAGUUUUUUUUUUAUUAUUGGUAAGUUAAGAAGUUCUAGAGGAUCUAGGACUGUAUAUCAGAGUGUUUUGGGCCUGGAGUUUGGGAGAGCUCUCUUCUGAUUGGACGGUUGUUUCGAGCUCAGCAGGCCAGAUAAAUGUUCUUUAUUUGUACACUUUGGUCUUUUGUUAAUUUUCUGGUGUUGGGCAGCACAGGGAAUAGAGGCCCCAGAAUGUCCUCGUUAUACAAUGAUGAUUUUAUUUUUAAGUUUGAAUAUAUAUAUACAUAUAUAUCUUUGUCACCUAUAUGUCAAAGUGGUUAUAAGUUAUUGGUCUUAUCUCGACUUUUCUGUGGAUGUCAAAGACUCCUGCUGCCUGCUCUCACCUACCAAUGAUUCCACCUUCUUGCUUACAGAAGACCUCAGCCUUCGUCCAGGGAUUCGAUAUAUUCUGUCUCAGGACUUUGUUUCAGUGAUAUCAACAUUUUUUAUGAGUUCUCGGCCUUCAUACAGACACUAGACUUGGCUGUGUGAACCUUACGAUUCAACAAAAACCUACCUCAGCCGGAAUGAAUGUGUUGCGGGAAGCUUUUAGGGACUUUACCUUCCCCUGUGCUCACAAUUACUUAACAUGCGGAGGAACUGAUUGGUUUGAAAUAUUACAAGAUCAGGUGCCGCACUACCUCAGAUGUCAAGAUCGUUUCUCUCUCACUAUUGCUUGUCGAAGCAAAGCGAAAAAGAAAACGAGUAUCCAACAUAAAGCACUUCCAAAUGCUGAAGUUAAUGUUCUACCUCAAGAUAACAAUGUUGAUGUUGUCGCUGUUGUUGUUGUUGUUUAUCUGUUUAUUGCAUAAUGAAAAAACCCAUUUUCCCCCUCUGUGAAAUUCUGGCUUAACUCUGAUGAAUAUGGUGUUUGUAGAUGCAAUGUCAGUACCUCAUGCAAGUUGACAGACUGAUAACACUGUUGUAUGAAUUACAGUAUGUUAGGAAUAUGUAUGAAUUAUGCUGUUCCACUAUAAGCUUGAUUUUUUUUUUUUAAUUUCUAGAUUUUUUUUUUUGUUCAAAAGAUCAUAAAAUUUUUUUUUCCUUAUUCAUUUGAAUGGGACCACUGUUAGAGAUACACUGCAUUGCUGAUGGUAUUUUCAGGACUAUUUACUGCUGCACCAGGUGUGAUACAUAUUGUUCAAUUUAAUAUAAUGUGCAGGCAUCAUAUAUGUGUCUAAAAAUUAGCGAUGUGAUUGAAUUCUGUGUGCAUGUGUCUUUGUGUGUGUUUCAGUCCAGAUUUGUUGAAUUGAUUGAUUUAAUGUUUUCAUACAUAUGUGAUGCAUGUAGAAGAAGUAAAUUAAGCACAAAUCUCAUCAAAAUAUCUCAAAAUUGGAAUAAUGACUCAAAGAAAUAGUUUGACACUUUGGGGAAUACAUGUAUCGCCUCUCCUGCUGACAGUCAGAUUAUACCACUAUUGUUUCCACCCUGCCAGGCUAGUUUUUUCCCAUGGUUUCAAGUCGUUAUGCUAAGCUAAGCUAAUUGCCUCCGAACUCUCACUUAUAUUUAAGGCAGUAGUUUGAUGUGGUGAGAAAUGUGCUUAUUUUCUUUCAGAUGGAAAGUUGGAUGACAAGAUCUUUGCAGUUUAUAUACAGCUACAGAUGGUAGACGUUAGCUUAGCUUAGCAGAAUGUUUGGAAACCAAGCCUCCAGGCUUUGAAGCUAACUUUCGUAGUGUCUUAAUGGUGUAAUAUCCACAUCUCGUGAUGUCUAGUCACUAACGUUUCAAAAGAAGUAUCUGUAAUAAGGUGGAUACAUUUCCUUGGGCAUCACAACUGCCACGAAAUGACUUGUUUGACAUCAUCGUAAUUUGAGCCAUUUGGUUUGAUAGCAUUGUUUCGGCUGUACAAAAAAAAAAAAAUCAGUAUUCCUUCGAAUACCAGGAUACAAUUGACACUAUUCUAUGAACAGUUAUAUUAAAAACAAUAAAGAGCUAACUAUGCGUUUGGCUCUCCAUAAGAUAAUGAGAUAUUAAACAAAAAAUCUGAAACGAUUCUCUGAUUUUAUGUGCCAGGACUACUCCGGACUGGGAGCAGUGACCUCAUGAAGUUUCUUUAAAAGACAAAUAUGAGAGUGGUUUCAGUCUUCUCUCAGUUUAAGUGAAUGGGCGUAUUUCCCAAAAGUUAAACGAUUCCUUUGAUUUAAAUCGGCAGCAGUGUAUUUCUAACCUCGUUCUUGGUAUUUGUUGCUGCAGUGGUCUUAAUAAUUUCAUUUUCAUAUCACAUUAUCUGCCUCCUUCUUAAAUACAGUAAUAGCCUUUUUAGACAUCUAUUGCCCAGGAGACAUGUUAGUCGCUGAUCAUGUUUGACUAUUGUUCCUCUCUUCCCAAAACCAGAACUGCUGCUCAGCCCUCUCCCUCCUGUCAACACUGAGUAGUUAAUGUGUUUCAGGAACACGGUGUUGAUAAUAACGAGCUCGGACAGAGAGCUGGUUGAGGGAGAUGGACGGUCGUUGGGUGACUCUACGAUCACAGGGCUUCUCUCUCCAGCUCUCUGCUCCGUGUAGUCACUUACUGUACAGGACUUGCUCUGAUGCAUUAUGGUUACCUACCUCAACCCUAUCUUUGGCCUUUCUCUCAGGUCUCAUUGAAGGAAACAUACAGAGUGCGAACGCACAUAUAGUAUAUAAAUGUAUAUAUAUUGCAAUUGUCGACACAUGCAGGACAGACAGACAGACAGAAAGGGACACACACGUUACACAAACACACAAAUGGAGGGAGAACUUUUUAGGACCUUUAUCUCGUGCACUAAUUUCAACAGUUCAUGCUUAGAAUCUAGUGGAUGUGAACGUGUUGGUUAUCACAAGAUUUUAACUUUAUUUUUCCCUCACUGGUGUUUGACUCAGUGUCCUCUGUGGAAGGUUUAUCAGUGACUUUGUGAAGUAAACUGAGAAAAGUAAAGUGGGCGGCACUUACAGCUCUCACACGCUCCCAACACAACUGGUCCCGGCUCCUAAACCUAAUUUCUCAUCUUAACUGUGCGGCAUUCACGUUAUUUUGUUCAAGAUGUUUUUGUGAGCAGUUAUAACUCCAAUUGAGUUGUCAGCAAACUAGGUUGUUGGUUUUUUUUUUGUUUGUUUUUUUAAAUCUAGUUUAAAUUAAUUUUGAUGACACAUGUUCAAACAUGGUAGAGUUGUCUCUCUGCUGCUUUACUUGAACAUCAAGCUACAGUGAGAUAGUUGCAUUUUGUCAGCAAGACACUUUGGAUUCUCAGUAUGACGUUGAAUCCAAAGUGGUUCCUCACAUUACCGCCUCAAAAUUGUUCCAGGCCUGUGAGGGUUAAAAGAAGCAACUGCUUGGAUGUAUCCAGUUUCUUGGAAUAAAACCAUCAAAUUCUGGCCUUUUAAACAGUCUAGAAGCCGGGCUAGCUAGCAUCCUGGCUGACAUGCUCAUGUCAGACUAAAGGGCAUUUUUUCCAGUUUGUCUCAUUUUGAUGACAUAGCGUGAAUGCUGAAUUUAUUUUAAAUGGGAGAAAUUUAAAAAAACAUGUAAUUGGAAAAUGCGUGUUUAAAUUAUUUUGGGUCAAUGUAAUGGUCCACGACAGUUCCUGUGAGAGUUGUUUCUUCCCCCCACAGCUUGUUCUCCAAACCCUUCAUCAUACACAGUUUCCACUUAGUCAUUGUCUUCAGUACUGUAAUGUUUUUGCCUUUUAAAUUUGUUUUUAAUGCCUAUUGGUUUUCAGAUUUUCUCCUUGAAUCCAUUUCCUUGUAUUUAAUUGUACACUUCUGUGGUGUUAAUAUCAUUAUCAACAAAGGUACACAAUAGUAGAUCAAAUGCCCAACCUAAAUGUCUCCUGCUUGUAUAUUUAUUAACUACCAAUGUGAUAUUUACUCUCCGAGGCUACUGUAGCCUUAAUCAGUGUUUCUGCUUCUGUUGUUCUGAAUAAUUUCUGUGGGGAAACAAGUGGUGUGUUUUCCCUCCUUCCUUCCUUCUUCCCUUCCUUCCUCUGUCCCACGGUGUAAUUUAGGGUUAAUCUCCUUCUGCAGGAAAUUGCCCACAUCUCACCGGUGGAUGUGACAGGUUUUAGUGCCACACUGUUCAACCUGAUUCGCUGGGGGAUGUGGCGCAAUGACGAUCAUGUUUACGUGAUUGGACUUUGAUAGGUCAGGUUGUCAUUUCGCUGUAUAAAACAAGAAUUGUGUGAUUUAAUGGAGCCCUCAAAGCUGUUCUCCCCGGUGCUGUGACUCCAUCAGCAGAGGAGACCAGAUUAUUCCUCUGCUGACAUGGUCAGGGGACCUUUCUCAUGUAUUUCCACGCAGCCUUGAGAAGUGGUAUAUACACCAAACUCUGCUCCUGUCAGUUAGCCAGUGUCCGUUUUUUUCUCCGUUCAGAAUCCUGACCUUCGGACAGGGAGAGUGUGUGCUCAGGGACUCUCUGAUCCUCUUGUUAUAUGUAUAUCAGCAGGCCACAUUUGGCCUUCUGGACAUGAUUUCCCUCUUUGAAUUCUGCUCUGUGCCCAGUUCACACAGAUUUGCUGUCGGUGAUGUCGUCUUUGUUAGCUGUUUUAGUAAAAGUGAAGCAUUGGUAGGAUGACGAUGGACACAGUGGAAAAUGAUAGAAAAUGAUUCAGCUGCCUUCUUACGGUGUCAGGGCUGAUGGAAACACACAGGGAUUACACAUUAACAUGGAUCUUUGGAAAGGUAAUCUGUGACAACUUCAGGGAAAUCUGAUUCACAAGUUGAGUUUUGAUUUUUAUUCUCUGUGAAAGUUUAAACAGUUAGUCAAUGAAUUCCGGUUGUCCACGGUGAAACAUCAUGACGGACAAUGAAAUUGUUGGUUGAGGGGGUAAAAUGUUUGUCUGACUUGGAGGUAGUGUGUCCACUUAAUGUUGCUGCAGAACAGGAGUUGCUCAGCACAGUAGUCACUGCUCUGUUGUCCCAGGUCCAAAAUAUUGAGAGGUCCAAAAAGACCCCUCUAACAAGUAAGCAGUCCGUGGCUGUCAGCCAUCAAUGAUGGAAGAUGUCAUCAUUCAUCGGCCCAAGCCCACAAAGAAUCCAUAUGUCGGUCAACAGAAAAUCUAUCAGAAACUAUUUUGAUAAUCGUUGAAUCAUUCAAGUCAUUUUCGAAGUAAAAAUUCCUGACUGAAUAUUUUGAGGAUUUUAAGCCGUCGGUCAGACAAAACAAGCAUUUUAAAGAAGUUAGCUGGAGCUUUAAGGUGCAAUAUAUAAGGAUUGUCGAAACUGAACUGUUGACAUCAAUCUCAGAACAAUAAGGAGCAGCAUGUCACCAGAGGAAACAACUAAUUGCAGCAAACUAACAAGCAAUCUAGCUCAGUUAGCCAUGCAGCUAGCUGUCCAGGAGCUGGCGGUUUGGAGAACCAGGGAAUGUUGGUGUUCACACCGCGAGUACAGGAGCUUUAGAACGAGAAUGGGGCUAGCUAGUUAGCAUGCUAACUUCAGUAGAUAUCGCUCACGUCAACACUGUAAGUAACAGUUUAGUUCAUUGUUAAAAAGAUAAUUAAAUUAAACUUCUUACAUAUUGCACCUUUAAGGAAGUUAUGAUUGUGAAAAAAACAACUUAUCGAUUAUUUGCAUCUGUUAUUCAUUCAGACUUCUUCUUGUAAAACCUCAGGUUCUCACAAAGAAGUCAUCCCAAACUGGGCAUGUGCAGGGUUUAUUUACCAUUGACGAUGGUGCCAAUACUGUACGUGGCUCCACUCUCUUUUAUCAUGCAUUAACUGAACGCAGGGAACCAGAUCAAGUCAGAAGGACAAGUUAGGCCUCGCCAUGACAUUUUAUUGCUGUAUGAUGUCUAUUUUGGAUGUUCAGUACUGUAACUCAGUGGUUUAGGGUGUUUUACUUGACAGAUUGCUGUUUCUCCAAAAGUCCGACGCCUCUCGAAAGCUCCGCCACAUCAUGUGAUAUCAAUCGUUGAGGCACCAAAUGAUCAUCGGAUAUGAUUGUGAAUUGAUUACAUUUCCAAUGCAUUUAUCUCUAUGGUGUUCUGCUCUGAGACCCCUGAUGCCUGUACAUGUCAAAUAAUGCUGAGUUUAGUCAGAUGGUGAUUUAAUGUAAUUGUACUUUAAUGUUUGAGAUCACUAUUAUAUUUAUAUAGCUCUGUCGAGACGGCAGAUUGAAUCCAAUGUGUUUAAAGGCAGUAGGCAGAGGAAAAACCUACAGUAGAUCUGCAUGAGAAACGAAAAAAAAGUGUAAGUUAAUCAUUCUUUGACUUGUGAUGGUAACACUGUGAUAUUUAGCCAAAUAAUGGCAAAAAUAAUGUUGUGAUCUCAAUAUGGUGCUAUUGAUGGUCCUGUCCCACAUUGUCGGUCAAUCUGUUUUGAUGGUUCAUACUGAUGACAAUAGGUUGAGUGACCUUUUCCCCGUUGACGUGUCUCAUUCUGUGUCGCCCUCGCUGAUGCCUGAUGAUCACCUCAUCCUCAUCCCGUUCUCACCAGUCAUCCUCACACGAGUGACUCGGGGUGAGGUCCUGUCAGCCCUGUCACCCUCUCAGGUGACAAGUCGUCUUGAUUUUCCUUACACAAACCGUCUUCGCUUGAGGAGAAUGUCUGUUCUGUAUCGAUGUUGUCAAUGCGAUCCCAAGCCAUUCAAUCAGCCCCAAUUUGGCCACCGAAGAUAAGAAGUUGAGAUAGAAAGAGCUCCCGAGCGGAGUCUCCCCUCACACCUGUCCUGUGAAGUCAGCAUCAAACGUGAAAGUCAGUAACAGGCUUCUUAGUAAAUUGUCAUUGUUUGUGCCUGUUUACAGAGACAUGCAUUGCGGAAAUCUUCCUGUACAUAGCACCGCGUAGAAGAUAUUCCUUGCAGUUACGAUUCACACUGCAGGCAGAAGAGCGUUUAAGUCUUAAAUGGAGAAUUAUGCAGAUAUGUUGUUGCCAUAUCAAACCGCGUAGGCGUAAGAAUAUUUGACCCUCUCUUGCCCAGAGUCUGUGGUUUGCAUCAAGAGUUUUACACAUAUGCAUAAAAUAUUAGAACAGAUGUGAGAUUAAUUUGAAUCAAACUUUGGAGUCAGUCUUUUCACAUCUUGUUGCCCUUUCCCAAAGUAAGAGGUGAAAAAGUAACGUAUUAUUUGCACAAGGUUGUCAAAUGUACAACUGCAAAUCUUUAAGGCUCAUCUCUAGAUGAAGUUUACCUUCUGCUACUCAAUUUGAAGCCAAUGAAAGCCCAUCUAUAUUUAUGAGAGAUAAAGUAUUUAUGAAGAAAUAAGAAACAAUUGAGGUUAAAGUUUAAGUGAAAAAGAUUUAAACUCAGAACUCAGAUAACCUGCUUCAUCAGGACAGAUUGGAUUGUACUGCUGUCUGGCAAAACAAAAACAAUGACCACAGAUUUGCUAAUUCCUGACAAAAAUGAAGAAAUAUUUUGAUAUGAAAUCACCAAACGUUUUCUAACUUUCUCAUGUAGGGCCCCAUGUUGCUCAUCUUAGGAUUCAGAAAAUACACUUUCACUGUCUUCAAACCAACCAACUGGCCAGAAUUAAUGUCCUGCGAAAUGACCAAGACAAGAAGCCGCCUUUGGUCACCACAAUAUCUGAUGGAAAUGUUUUGCAGGACUCUUUAAGAAAACACCAAGUUUUGUCGUGUCAUUAAAAAUAUCCAGUAUUCCUCAAAAUGUGGCCAUUCGCCACCUCUCAUAGCCAAUUUGAUGGCUUUUAACGUUUCCCCCACCGAGCAAAAUCGGCUGUUUUCAUAUUCACCAUUCCCCUCACAUACAAAUUGGUAUAUUAACAACAUAAAAUGACAGAUAACCAGCUGAAAGUCCUGGCGAUGUAGUGACUGUAACGUCUGCCAUCUUCUCCGUUUCGUGGUGUAAAGCUCGUCAGAGGAUCUGACCACAACAGGGGGCAAGAGACGGUUAACCGCCGCCUUACGUUCUACUCUCACUCCAGUCGACGUUGCUUUUAAUGGUACUACAGUUUCUUUUUAGUAAAUCUUCUAUUUAAUCUAUGCAGUUUUAUUUAUUGUUUCACUCCUGCAGGGUUUAAAUGUGGUGCCAACCUGAAACCAAAAACCAUAUGCAUUACCAGCUUGUGUAAACUACUUGUACAGUGUUACCUGAUGGAUGAAACAGAAGGGAGCGCAGAUCUGUAGAGUCAGCCCCAUGAUCACACAUCCGUCUGUCUGUCUGUCUGUCUGUCCCUCUGGCUGUCUCAUUUUGUGUCUGUCUGCUGAGGUCACUGCCUCUGUCUGUUUUAACAGUUUAAUUCAGGUCAGUAUGAGAUGAUUUAAUAAGCGUUCUCAGAGCAUUGUCAGGGAUCACCACUGUAUGUUUUCCACAAAAGUUACGUUUCUACACUCUCUCUAGACAAAAGGUGUCGCGAUUAUAAAUCUGCAUGCAUAUCCACAUAUACAGUGUGUGCUGUAUGUGUGUAUGUAUGUGUGUAAAAAGGCAUAAUAGACCAUUUUUAGUGGUUUGUAUUGUUUUAGGGUUCAUUGUGCAAAACUGAAGAAAAAAAACAAUAACAGUGAUAAUAAAAUAGUUCUAGUAAC